AUGGAUUACCAUUAUCUUCAGGAUGAAGUUCUGCGACAGAGUCUGCAAAACCCGGAGGAGUUCUGGUUGCGACAGGCCGAACGCCUCCACUGGCACAGGAAACCUGAUACUGCACUCCGGACAGCCCAGAAGAGUCUGCAAGAUGGCACCACGCACCCGACGUGGGAAUGGUUCCCCGGUGGGGAAAUCUCCACGUGCUACAAUUGCGUCGACAGGCACGUCGCUGCGGGAAACGGACACGAAUCGGCGAUUUACUACGACAGUCCAGUCACAAAUACAAAGGAGACAAUCACGUAUCAUACACUCCUCAGGGAGGUGGAGACGCUGGCCGGCGUCCUGAGAGAGACAGGGGUCAAGAAGGGCGAUGUCGUCAUGUUGUACAUGCCCAUGAUCCCGGCUGCCUUAGUUGGCAUGCUUGCUGUCAAUCGUUUGGGAGCUAUCCACUCAGUCGUGUUCGGGGGGUUUGCGCCAAACGCUCUUGCUCAGCGAGUCGAGGCUUGCAAGCCAGAGGUACUUCUCACCGCAUCGUGCGGAAUAGUUGGGAAUAGGCCGCCGAUUGCGUACAAAGGACUCGUCGAAGAAGCGAUAAAGCUCGCAUGUCACAAGCCUUCCCACACAAUCGUAUGGCAGCGCGACCAACUACGUUGGAACUUCCAGAAGUCUGUAUCUAGUUGGUGGAGGAAUAUAUGGCGCUGGAUCCGACAAGUUCUCUUCCGUCGCAGGACGAACACUGCAAAACAAUCAUCAUGGCAGGAGCUCGUGGCCAAUGCCAGGGCACGGGGCGUCAAAGCCGACUGCGUACCCGUCCAGAGCGAUCAACCCAUCUAUAUCAUGCACACCUCCGGUACGACAGGAGCACCGAAGGGUGUGUUGCGCAAUUCAGGCGGCCACGCGGUUGGCCUACAAUUCACCAUCGAGUACAUAUUUAACAUCCACGGCCCCGGAGACGUCAUGUUUGCGGCGUCAGAUAUUGGGUGGGUGGUCGGUCACUCUUAUAUCCUGUACGCGCCAUUGCUGGCGGGAGCGGCCACCGUUUUAUACGAAGGCAAGCCGGUAGCAACACCUGAUACGUCUGCCUUUUGGAGGGUGGUGGAGCAGUACAAGGUGAGUACCAUGUUCGCGACGCCAACAGCGCUGCGCGCCAUCAAACAAGAAGACCCAAGUAAUACAAAGCUGUCUGAGAUUGGAGCGCGUGGAGGCCUGCGAUCAUUACAAGCUCUGUUCCUCGCUGGCGAGCGGUCAGAGCCCACCCUCGUCUCCAUGUACCAAGAGCUACUGGAUCAGCACGGCAGAAAGAAUGCACAGGUCAUCGAUAAUUGGUGGUCAACCGAAGCCGGGUCUCCGAUCACCGGCCGAGCGAUUGCGCCUCAUAUCGGGUUGGGAAGUAAGGUGCCGAAAAGUUUAGACAUUCCUCCGAUCAAGCCUGGAAGUGCUGGAAAGCCCAUGCCAGGAUUCGAUGUUCGGGUAGUGGACGAGCAGGGUGAAGAGGUACCAAAAGGGUCGAUGGGUAAUAUUGUGCUCGCCCUACCUCUUGGGCCGACAGCAUUCAACACGCUGUGGUCGGAUGAGGAGAGAUACUACAAAAGCUAUUUGCAGAGGUUUGAAUCCAGGUUUCUGGAUACUGGGGAUGCGGGAUGGGUUGAUCAAGAUGGCUAUGUUCAUGUCAUGAGUCGCAAUGAUGAUGUAUUGAACGUCAGCGCGUAUCGACUAUCCAGUGGAGCCAUUGAGGAGGCCAUCUCGUCACAUCCACAGAUUGCAGAAGCGUGCGUCGUUGCUAUCCCAGAUCAGCUCAAAGGUCAGCUCCCCUUUGCAUUCAUCUCGCUCUCCGUGCCGGAUCACCCAGAAUCGGCCAUACCAGCAGCAACCGUUGCAGCAGAGGUUCAGUCACUGGUACGGAGUCGGGUUGGAGCAUUCGCCUCAUUGGGAGGUAUAGUGCAGGGCAAAGGCAUGAUACCGAAAACGAGGUCCGGCAAAACAUUACGGCGUGUGCUUCGGGAGUUGGUGGAGAAUGGGGUCUACGGGGACUUGGAUCGGAGUGUCGAGGUCCCAAGCACAGUCGAGGAUGCGACGGCUGUACAAGUGGCGAGAGCCAAGAUUCGGGAGUACUUUAACAGAAACAAGGGUAAGCACAAGGCGAUUGAGGCAAGGGAGACGGCAUGA